AUGUCCUUCUCUCUUCCUUGCAGGGCCAUCUGUCUGGCUUGUAUUCAGCCUGCUGUGUUCCCAUGGAUCCUCCCCUUCAGGUCAAACAAGGACAGGCCCCGCCCAGCACAUGGAGCUCUGACAGAGAAGGUCGAGUGCUUCUCAGACUACAUGACCCUGAAGAUCCCGAGGAGCAGUGUGCAGGGUUUGAGGCAGUGGCUGGCCAGGGUCCUGCACCAGCCAGGCACCAAGAGAGCCCCCAGCCACCUGGAUUCUCUUCUUACCCAAUGUGGUUACCGGUUGCACCCCGCUCAUGAGGGCGGCUUCAUCUUCCGAGCUCUGUACUCUGCCUGCUUUGUACAGAAGGAGGAAGCAAAUUACAGGUUGGAAAUCAGAAUGUUUCAAAGGGGGGCAAAAAGGUUGAAGCAGAGCAAUCGCUACAUAAUGAAGUGUCCCGUGAGCAUGUCGAAGCUGGGUGAACAGAACGUCCGCUGCCAUCCCUCAUUCAUCCAGGUCUCUAGGCCCCUGCCUCCGAGGAUCAAUGAUGGACAGACGCCAUGGCUGCUGUCCCUUCGAGGGGAGCUGGUGGCUUCUCUGGAGGAUGCCAGCUUGAUGGGAUUAGAUGUGAAUAUUGGUGCUACCACAGUUACUAUCCAAAGCCCAAGACAAGAACUUCUUCAGAGGCAGGAGGUGUGGAACUCCUCCUUGGAGCUCCUGCCACUGUGGCUGGUGAGCGGCUCCUAUGCCUACUCCUUCAAGGCUGCGUGCCCGCUGGCCUCAUCCCAGCCAGGGUCAGAGAUCUCAGUUCACAUCCCCAAGCAGAGGCUGGGUCUGGUCAAAAGAGGAUCCCGAAUUGACGAGUCUCUGAGUCCCAGGUUCCUUCGGGUGCGCCAGUCCGACAGCUUCACAGUGGCAGAGGACAGGGACUUUGUGGUUGUCAGUAUCCCAGCUGUGCUGCUGCUCCGGGACCAGCCAUGCCAAGAGGCCAGAGAAUCCCCAGGGACUCGAGCUUUCUACAGGGUGGACCUGAGCCUGCGCUUUGCAGAGGCCAUGUCCCCAGUGCACUGGACGGUGGAGCACUUUUUCCAGUGUGCGGUUUCCUGCGGCACUGAUAUUGAUUUUGAAAGGGAGGGCAGCAACUCUGCCCAGGCACUGCGCAGCCAGGGCUUGCAAUGGGAGUGGAGGGAGGGAGCAGAGGCCACCAAAUGGGGGUCUCUUCAGCAACCUGUGAGGGCAGAUAAGAGACUUCUGGGGAGCCUGGCAGAAGGGCGGGGUGCUGAGAUGGCCGGUGUCCUGGCCUCUGAAGGGUCUGAGUUUGGGGGGUUCCUGUGGGCUGCUUCAGACAUCAAGUCGCUAAAUCAAGACUCUGUGGAGGACGCAGACCAGAGCCCCUUUUCCUCUUCUAGCCCCAAUGGGCAACAUCUGAGCCCCGAGGCUCUGGCUGGGCCCGCUGGCCCUGGCGUCCUACAGUGCUGCUGUACCUCUGCCCUGCGCAGACCAGCUGCGGGGCUGCGCAGCCCCGGGAGGGGAGGAGACAAUGUGGCCUCCAGGCUCCGCAACACGGGGCCUGAAGGGAUGCGGCUGAGAUCCCGAACGAACACGGACUGA